GAAACACAACUCUCGCGAUAUUAGAAAAUCAACGUCGUUUUUACCCCAGUGCGUUUCUGCGUGUUUUGCUUACAGUUCAAACAGACAGUAUACGAAGGAGUGAGUUUUGCUUAAGGUCGUGCAUCUCUAUUCUGUAAGUAUGGCAGGCAGUCAGUCGGUAGACAUCAUUACAAAGGUCCUGGAGAAUCAAAUGAUUCAGACAGCCAAAGCUUUGGAGGAGCAGCUUGAUGCAGAGAUGACUAAACUGGAUACUAUGGAUGAGGAUGAACUGGACAGACUUAAGGAGAGGAGACUUGAGGCACUAAAGAAAGCACAGCAACAGAAGCAGGAUUGGCUUUCUAAAGGGCAUGGAGAAUACAGAGAGAUACCAAGUGAGAAAGAUUUCUUCCAAGAAGCAAAGGAAAGCAAGAAUGUAGUUUGCCACUUUUAUAAAGACUCGACCUUCAGAUGCAAAAUUUUAGACAAGCAUUUGGCUAUUUUGGCAAAGAAACACCUGGAGACAAAGUUCAUUAAGCUAAAUGUUGAAAAGGCCCCUUUCCUGACUGAGCGGCUACACAUCAGAAUUAUUCCUACCCUGGCACUCGUGAAAGAUGGGAAGACCAAAGAUUAUGUUGUAGGUUUCAACGACCUUGGAAACACAGAUGAAUUUACAACAGAAGUUUUGGAGUGGCGUUUGGGAUGUUCAGAAAUUAUUAAUUACAGUGGUAAUUUGAUGGAGCCACCCACUGCAGGCCAGAAGCAAGGGUCCAAGUUCACCAAGGUGGAAAAGAAGACAAUCCGAGGAAGAGGGUACGAUUCUGAUUCGGACGACGAUGACUAAAGGACUGAAUAAUCGUCAUUUCUUUCUGCUCUUAUAUUACAAACAUGACUUUCUGGUUUCAGUUGAUAUUGUUGUUUCAUUAGGCCUUUGUUUUACACCUACAACUGUUAAUUUUUGUUUGUACCAACAGAGUACUCAGUGUAAAAUAGUUGUAUUUUUUAUGAUAAAUUAUACAAUUGCAAAUCUAAAGUGCUA